AUGGUGUCCACGGCCGGGGCAAUCGUCAUUGCCAUCGUCGUUCUGCUGCUUGCAGCCGUCGUCGGUUGGAUUGUCUUUACUCAAAUGCGCGCGCGCAGAUUAGGCCUACCACCCCCUACGCUAUCGUCAUAUCUACCGUGGCAUCGAAACGAGAGUCCGUACGGUCCGCCUCAGCCAGCACCCGGCGGCGUUGUCGGCUGGUUUAACGACCAAGUACGCAAAGUCAAGAACAGAAACAACCGAUCCGCAGCCGGUGCGUACGAGCAGCCGCUCCACGGCGGAACUGGCGGACGUCGCGGCUUUGGUCCCCUGGAUCCCGAUGAGGCCUGGGAUGCCCGCGUUGGCCACGAAGCCGACGGCUAUGGCUAUCUCGAGGAGCAAGAGCUUGGCCGACAUGGCAACACCGAGUACGCUGGCGGCGGCAGCUACAACAUGAACCUCGCUGCGACGCCCGGCGCAAACUUCGACGACGAAGAGCGUGGUCGCCAACCACACCGUGCUGGCGGAGCGCACACUACGAACCCCUUCGACGAUGAUGCCGCCUCAAGUUUACGUGGUGUUAGUCCUCGACCAAUUGACACAUCGGCAGCGCAAAAGCACAAAUCAACACCAGGUGAACCAGACAGCGCCGGCAGCAGUCCGACGGAAAGAAGGUCUGCAUUUAGGGAGAAUAUGUAA